ACCAUCGCGGCUCCGCGCACUCCUUGGUUAUUUACUUUCCUCCAUUGUAUGGCAAUGGAGUUUAUCAAUAUGUGUCCAAUGGCGUCCGCAAUUCAUCGGGAAAUCAUCGUCGACAACGACGACGACGAUUUCGACUGGGAAGCAGCUGUCAAGGAAAUUGACGUCGCCUGCCUAUCUGGAAUUCCCUCUACUUCGUCACGCUCACUUCAUCCUUCCCUCGUAGCGUCCUCCGACGCCUCUGCAGAUAAUCCAGCGUCUUUUCCAUUUCUCGAGGAGAAUAAAAAACGCGGAGCUUCUCGGCAGCCUACACUUCACAGAUUUAUGGUAAAUCCCAACACCAAGCUUCGAAAUAAAACCCUGGACGUCGAAGAACCGGUUCAAGAUCGCGGAAUUGUCGAAGAGUUGGAUAGUCUUAUUGACAUCGACGAGGAGGCAGCUAAGACUUGGAUAUAUCCAGUUAAUGUUCCUCUUCGGGAUUAUCAGCUAGCUAUUACCAAGACAGCACUAUUUUCAAAUACGUUGGUGGCUUUGCCCACAGGACUUGGAAAGACUCUCAUUGCUGCAGUUGUAAUGUAUAACUACUUCAGAUGGUUUCCAGAGGGAAAAAUAGUAUUUACUGCUCCUUCCCGACCACUGGUCUUGCAACAGAUAGAAGCAUGCCAUAAUAUUGUGGGAAUACCACAAGAAUGGACAAUUGACAUGACAGGUCUGAUAAAUCCUACAAAAAGAGCAUGUUUUUGGAAAAGUAAAAGAGUUUUCUUUGUUACACCACAAGUUCUAGAGAAGGAUAUUCAAUCUGGCACAUGUUUAGUGAAAUACUUAGUUUGCCUAGUGAUUGAUGAAGCCCAUCGAGCACUUGGAAAUUAUUCUUACUGUGUUGCAGUUCGUGAGUUAAUGAUGGUACCUGUGCCACUAAGAAUACUAGCCUUAACUGCCACACCAGGAUCAAAGCAGCAGGCUAUUCAGCAAAUCAUUGACAACUUACAUAUUUCAACCCUUGAAUAUCGCGAUGAAAGUGAUCAUGAUGUCAGUCCAUAUGUUCAUGACAGGAAAAUAGAGUUGAUGCAAGUUGCAAUGGGAGAAGAUGCUGUUGAGAUAAAUAAUAAGCUCUUGGAAGUUAUACGUCCAUUUGUGGCUAAGCUUUGUUCAAUGGGAAUGCUCCAGAAUAGAGAUUACAGAACGGUAUGGUACAAAACUCUUGUUGCACUUUUUUUUUUGCUGGCCCCUGCCUCACCUCCACCAGCCCAUCCACACAUUAAAUGUCAAGACGUGGAGGGUUUCUUUGGAGUACUCAUUACACUAUAUCAUAUACGUAAGUUACUUUCAAGCCAUGGAAUAAGGCCAGCAUCAGAGAUGCUGGAAGAGAAACUGCAUCAAGGGUCUUUUGCAAGAUUUAUGAGCAAAAAUGAUCAUAUCUGCAAAGUAAGACUCAUAAUGGAGAAGAGCUUGUCCCAUGGUGCACCAAGUCCCAAAUUGUCCAAAAUGAUGGAAGUAUUGGUCGACCAUUUUAAAACUAAGGAUCCACAAUAUUCAAGGGUGAUUAUAUUCUCAAAUUUCAGAGGCAGUGUAAGGGACAUUAUGGAUGCAUUAGCCAAAAUUGGAGACAUAGUCAGAGCUACUGAGUUUAUUGGUCAAAGCUCAGGAAAAACUCUCAAAGGUCAAUCACAAAAAGUUCAACAGGCUGUAUUGGAGAAAUUUCGUGCUGGUGGGUACAAUGUCAUUGUUGCCACAUCAAUUGGUGAAGAAGGCUUGGAUAUAAUGGAAGUUGAUCUUGUCAUCUGUUUUGAUGCAAACAUUUCACCAAUAAGAAUGAUUCAGCGGAUGGGCAGAACUGGAAGAAAGCAUGAUGGACGAGUGGUAGUUUUAGCUUGUGAAGGGUCAGAAUUGAAGGGUUACAUGAGAAAGCAAACAAACAGCAAGUCUAUAAAGAGACACAUGCAAAAUGGGGGAAUGAAUAGCUUCAACUUUCAUGGUUGCCCAAGAAUGAUUUCCCAUGCUAUCAGGCCGGAAGUCCAGUUUGUUAAGAUGUCAAUUAAACAAUUUGUCCGUCCUGGAAAGAAAGUGAAAGAUGAUCAUACUGCUCAGACAACAUUGUUUAAGAAAAAGCUAACUGAUGUUGAGACUAAAUUACUUCUCAAGUAUUUCCAUCCAUGUGAAGACACAUGGAGGCCGUCACUUAUUGCCUUUCCUCACUUCCAGACUUUUCCCUCGAGAACCCAUGCAGUAAUGCAUUCAAGUAGAACAAUGGUUCUAAUUGACACAAUGCAACACUUGGAAGGACUUCACUUUUCUAGAGAUUCUGAAGCCAUUUCUGUUGAGGAGAAAUCAUGCAUUAGAGAACUAUUUGGAGCAGGCCACAUUGAAAAAUGUUAUGGCGGCAAAAGAGGUUCACUUAAUGAAGUCAACGCUUCAAAAGCAGAAUUAGAUGGACCAUUAGUCCAUCCUGAAGUCUUACCACCUCCAAAUCCUGCAGAAAAUAAUUGUAUUUCUGAUUACUGUUUUUCGAAGCAUUCUAUAAACAUAGACCACUUUGGUUCUGAUUUUGUAUCUGUCGAUGCCAUGGGAAAGGACCAAAUGUCUCAUUCCCCUGUGUUCUCUACAAAAAAUUUCUUGCAUCCCAACUCUGUUGCUGCAGGCAGUAAAAUAUUGUUGAGUUCUGAGCUAGGUUCUUGCAGUGUAAGAACUGCUCAGGACUUGACCGUGCAGACUGAAGCUGUUAAUAAACCAACAACUUCUCAAACAAAAUUCUUACAGGAUGAAAUUCUAUCAAGCCCUGAAACAGAUGGUGUGAAUGUCUUGGAAGACAAAGCAAUGAAUCAGAUUGAGACAAUUCAUCAAACUGCUAUCUCGAACAGAACGUUGUUUAAUAAAGGGGAUAGUGCCAGUGAAAUGCCCGUUGUUUUAGAAAUUGAGCCACAAUUCCCACUAGCUGAUGAAUGCAGCAUAAUCGAGACGCAGCUUAGUCCUCGUCUCACUAAUCUCGUCAAAAGUGGUUUUGUUCCAGAUUCACCCAUUGAUGAUUGUGGAAAUUCAAGCAGACAAAGGAUAUAUGAGUUUACAAUACCAGAGUUUAUCUUGCCUGUCCAAGUGGAUGGUGAACAGCUUUUAAAAUCUCCAAGCCUUGGGACAAGUGAAAGAAUUAAUUGCAAUGGGGGCUCCUGUGCUGGAGAUGACGUUUUUCUCUCCACUGGUGAAGUUCAACCUUCUCUACUUAAGGAGAAUGAUAGUGUGAUAAUAAAAUCACGUGCCUCUAUUUCUCCUGUGGCUGAUGAAACACAAACUCCCUUGGCCAUUAUUGCAAGCAGUUGUGGCAGUGAAGAUUGGCAUUUAGUUCCUGGAGAAAAGUCGAGCAGUAUACAGAAGCCUCGCAAAUUUAAAAGGUUGCGAAAGAUUGGAGAUGUGGAGAAAAAUGAGAACAUGGAAAGCAUGGUAGGAACUUUGGUUCCUCCAAUGGCAAAUAUAGUCGGAACUUUUUCUAGCACCAGACCAACAAAAAAAAAGAAACGUGAUGGUGAAAGGAGACUUGAUGACAAUGUUAGAGCAUUUAUUGAGGAGGAAGCUGAGGUUACUUCGGAUGCAACCAUAUCUGAGGAUGAAGAAGAUGACAAGAUUAAGAGCUCGUUUGAUAGUUUCAUAGAUGACAGGGUUAGUGCUAGUGGCGGCACGUGUACUCAAGAUGAAACAGGCAGACCUGAUAUGAUGGCAGUUUACAGGCGUUCUUUGCUGAGUCAAUCACCAUUCGGGAGGCUGACUUCACCCCUCUCGGCCCGGGUAGCUGAAACUGAAAGUGAAAAUUCUUCUGGCAAGACAUUGAAUAUUUUCCAUUCAACUCUAAAAGAACAUGUCAAUCAAUCUUCAGAAUAUGUCAAAAUGAACCGUAGCCCCGAAGUUGUAACUUCUGCAACCGGUUGCUGCUCAAGAGCGGCAGAAGUGGAAAGCAGGAAAAAAAUUCUGACAUUUUAUGCAUCAGAAUCUGUUCCUAAACUUAGUUUGGAGAAAUUGUUUGAGUUUGAGGUGACAGGAAGAGAAUCAAUGAACGAUGUUGACUUGAACGGAAAUGUGCUUAAUGAUGAUGAUGAGUUUUACGAAAGUCUUGACCUUGAUGCAGUCGAGGCCCAGGCAAAACUGUUCCUUGAAAAGAAAGUUGAAUUGCCUCAGAUGAUGGUUCCUCAGAAACAGAAGAGCUUUGAUCUUGAUACUUCUCCAUCUUUUGAUCUUGGGAUAUAAUCAUUUUUUAGGGCCCCCACCCAAUUCUUUUCGUGAUUAGUACAUAUCAAGUUGCAAAUAUACUUUAAGUUAUGUUUUAGUGGUUGUGUGGGGAGUAUGUAAAAAACAAAUACCUAUGCUGUAGAAAAAUUAUUGAAAUAAGAACUUCAACUAUGUUACAAUAUAGGU